UCCGGCUCCCGCGAGCGGCUACCCGCUAACUACGGAGGUCUGACUCAGCUCAGUGACACAACAGACUUGGAACUCAAACAGCAGAGCGGAAUUUGUGGCCGAGAACCACGCACAGCACGCCAGCAUCUCAUCAUGAGUUUGUCUUUCACGUGGACUUUGUCGCUCGGUGUCCUACUUUUUGUGGAUCAGUGUCACUGCCAGUUCCUGAACAAUUCCACCUUUCUGGAGAACCUGCUGAGUAAAUACAGGGACAGCGCUCCUCAUUCCAGAAGCCGAAGAGCCAUUUCCAGGGGUGAUAAGGAGGACAUAUUGCAGCUUCACAACAAGCUCCGAGGCCAAGUCCAUCCUUCAUCUUCCAACAUGGAGUAUAUGACGUGGGACGAUGAGCUGGAGAGAUCAUCUGAAGCCUGGGCUGAGGAGUGUAUGUGGGAGCACGGACCUGCCAACCUGCUCAUGUCCAUUGGGCAGAACCUGGCAGUGCACUGGGGCAGGUAUCGAUCUCCUGCAUUCCAUGUCCAGUCCUGGUAUGAUGAAGUGAAGGAUUACACGUACCCCUACCCCCAUGAGUGUAACCCCUACUGCCCAGAAAGAUGCUCUGGCCCCAUGUGUACCCAUUACACCCAGAUUGUCUGGGCCACAACCACCAAAGUGGGCUGUGCGGUGAACGUGUGCAAGAGGAUGAACGUGUGGGGAGAGAUCUGGGAGAACGCAGUAUACCUGGUCUGCAACUAUUCCCCAAAGGGGAACUGGAUUGGCGAAGCUCCUUAUAAGAAUGGAAGACCCUGCUCAGAGUGCCCACCCAGCUAUGGAGGCAACUGCAAGAAUAAUCUCUGCUACAAAGGUGACAAACGCGCUGGAACGGUGGAGACAGACGAAACAAAUGAAAUUGAAUCUCCUCGGGCCAACGAAGAAACACUUAUUUGGGUACAUGAAAAGGUCAACAAGCCAAAAGUAGUGCCAAAAACUGUGCAACCUACAACUGACCUAAUGACUCAAGUAAUGAAAUGUGAGACAAAGAUGAGAGACAAAUGCAAAGGAUCCACCUGCAACAGGUAUCACUGUCCUCCCGGCUGUGCAAAUAAAAAGGGCAAAGUGUUCGGAACCCUGUUUUACGACAGUAUGUCCAGCUUAUGUCGAGCAGCCAUUCACUAUGGAGUCAUUGAUAACAGCGGAGGUCUGGUGGAUAUAACACGGAAUGGGAGGCUGAAAUUCUUCAUCAAAUCUACUAGGAAUGGCGUAGAGUCAUUAAGCAAAUAUAAACCAGCAAAUUCAUUCAAAGUCUCCAAAGUUUCAGUGCAGACAAUAGACUGUUACUCAACGGUGGCCGAGAUCUGUCCAUUUGAAAAGCCAGUUAAGCACUGCCCCAGGUUCUACUGUCCCAGUCACUGCAAGAGUGAGCCGCGGCACUGGGCACCGGUGAUUGGCACAAACAUUUAUGCGGACAGCUCCAGUAUCUGUAAGACGGCUGUACACGCCGGGGUCCUGAAGGAUGAAGCUGGAGGAUACGUGGAUGUGAUGCCGGUGGACAGGAAAAAUCAUUACUUUGGUUCCAAUAAAAAUGGGAUCCAUUCGGAGAGCUUCAAGAACCGGAAGGAAGGGAAAGCGUUCCGUAUCUUUGCUGUGAAGCAGUAACAUGAAGGCUGGUAUGAUGGGAUGUCCACAUGAACAUUGAGAAGGCCACACUAUCCCUCAUCCUGAGCGCUUUAUGGAACUGGGUCAAACCACCAUAUAUAUAUACUGGGAAAUGUAUGCAAAGCACCAUUGGGUCGGGUUCCAACUGUACCAGGAUCAACGUUUUUGUCUUCCAGGAUGAUGAACAAUUGAAAAGCGGGCACACCACCCGGCUCACUCUAUGGCAUCAGUUAUGCCACCUGGGGUCACUACAUGGGGAAUUUAAAUAUAUUACUGAACGAGAGAGAGAGAGAACACCCCAAUGAGCGUGUUGGAUGAUGACAUGGUUUCUGCAGUGGUGCCUCUCAGUAUUGUAUAUAACUGCCUCUAACUUUUGUACUUUAUAUUUUAUUAUUAUUAUUAUUAAGAACUAUGUUUUAUAUACAGCAGUGCUGUUUUUUUAUUAUAUAUAAAUAUAUUUUAGGGGUUAAUAUUUCCCCAUUUUUGUGUACAUAUUCUUGUAUGUGUAUUUUAUGUGGAUAACGUCAGCUUUUGGACACUCGUAUAUUAGGCACCUAUUUGCCAAUCACCCCCAUAUACAUGUUGGGGGCAGUGUAGGUUUAGCAGCAUCUUAAGCCUCAAUUAGUCACCCCCCCACCCCCCCUCUUUAAUUACUGGCAAUUAUACAAUGGCAAUAUUAUUCAGUUUCUGACUUUAUCCACGACGUGUAUUUAUAAAGUGUUUGUACAUAGGAAUUACUCGGGCGCUUUACACAAAGCCCACUUCUUCUUCCAGAAGGCUGUAAAUAAUUAUGAUAAUCACAGAAAGGCCCUUCUGCCUAUCCAAGGCAAAUAUUUAAGCAGCGAGUCUGCACACCUUCUGGGAACGUCUCUUACCCCCCAAGCCUGUAGAGCAAUCCUAAUGUACAGGAUUCUCAUUUGGUGCUUAGCAAAGCAGUGAGCAGAAGUCAUUUGCAAAAAGUUAAGUAAAAGUACCAUGAAAAUAGGUUGUAUUUUAAUAUAUUUCAUAGUUUGAAUUAAAUUGUUUCAUUAUAAUAUCCAUGUUCCAGGUAAGAUGACUAGAGUCUUAGGGAUCUAUGUAUUAAGCCACGGAGAGAGAUAAAGUAGACAGAUACAAAGUACCAACCAACCAGCUUCUGUCAUUUCUCAAACACAGCCUGUGACAUGGCAGGUAGGAGCAGGGCCGGAUGAAGUCUUUGGGUGGCCUGGGGCACUUAAGACAAGGGUGCCCAGGGAAAAGGGGAAGGUGGGAGGAAGGGGGGUGUACAUUAGAUUGUGCAUACCUCCUAACAUGACCCAUUCCAGGAGGGACAAAUUCUCUGCUCCUGGACUCCCCUUUUAAUAUAUGAUUGGCGUCACUGGUGUUGAACUACUAAAUUGAUAGAAAAGGAAUUUCAACAGAGAAAGGGAGGAGGUGCUGAGAUCCUUGGGUCACUUACAGCUCACCCCUUCUCCCUAAUCUCUCCUGUUCGUGAAGUUUCCCCGGUAGGUCUCUGCCUGCACUGUAUACUAUUUUUCUCACAUUCUGGCUGCUUGAUUCUGCUGCUACACAAGAGGGAGAGCUAGUGAUGUCAGUGUGCUCCGGCCAGGGGGGGCCCUGACAGAGGGGGGAUGGGGGGGGGGGCAGGGUACAGUAUCCCCUGCACUCCAUCCUUGUUAUGAUUAUGAGCUGAUUGUCUGGUACUUUAUCUCCAUCCACUUUCUCUCUCCCUAAGGCUUAGUACAUAGAUCCCUUAAACUUUUUUUUAAUUUUCAUUAAUACUAUUGCUGUUUAUGAUUUGGUUGAGUCACACAAUAGUCUAUCCCUGAUGUUACCAUACAGAUGCUACAGUAUGUGUCUUCAAGUAAGAAGUUUUCAGUUUUGCGCAUAACUUCUACAAUGAAUAAUCAGUAAGGCAGGCCCCGCCUCUUGUUAUAUGUUAGCUUAUAGGUUCCUUUUCCACCCAUUUACAAAACAGUCUGUGCACUGAAUGAGCAAUGGGACAUUUUUUUGCAAUACCUCAAUGACCAACAAAAAUAAUUUGAACUAAUUAUAUUUUGGACAGUUUUUGUAUAAGGUUGAAAAAGUACAUUUAUAGCUCCAUUUCAGUAACUCUGGAUGUGGAUGUUCAGAGAUAUAUGGCAGUGUGUUACAAGCAACCUCUGAAUGAUCUACAGCCACUGUGACACAGUUCAGUUUAACACAUGAAUACACUUCUGUGCACAUUUAUCGUGCAAUGAAAUACCGGUUCCCCAACUUCAGGUCACCCUGUAAUAACUAAACUCUCACAAUUGUGCCCUAAAAUGAUGUCUUUGUAGUUAAACCUUUGUCUGUACUAACUGACUGGUUACGGAUCACCCAGGAACUGGUGGUGGUUGGCGAAGAUAGAAAAUGUAACUUUAACAAGAGAUAAAGAUGAACUGCAUAUAGUGAUGCAAUGUAUGUAGAAUGAAUUUACAUGUAGUAACACAUGGCUCUGUGUAAUUCUAUGUAAACCAGAAAAGAUCUAAAAAUCACUACUGGGGACAAAUAGGUGCAGAGAAAUAAGGUACUGUAACCUCCAGCAUCCACCAUAACGUUACAGAUGUCUGUAGAUUGCAGCACCUACUUCUCUGUAGCCGCAAUAUGUUAGACAGGCAGCAUCCGCACAAACGUGGCUCGCUCUAUCUUACAGGUCUAUGUAUACACGUCAGACAUGACAGAAAACGUUCCAGUGGUUUACCCUUUGCACACCUCUCACUGCGACACAUGUGCAGGGGCCAGGGGACACCCAACAGAAGCAGCCACCAAGACUCACCACCAACAUAACUAUAGUUCCCCCACUAUGGGAACAAACAGCCCCCUCCCCAAUCCAAUGACCUGCAGGACACAUUUCAGAGAUAGAGCACUGACUUGCUAAGGGUCCAUGUUGGCUACCUCAGCCGCAGUAUUGGUUUUUAUUUUGGCUUUUUUCUAUGAAAAAAAAUUGUAUUUUGUAUUGCUCUCUGUAUAAAUGUUUAAUGCAAAUGUUAAGUAUAUAUAUUUCUUUGCAUGAUGCAGUGCCCUAACCAUUAUGUGUCCCCCUUUGUAUAAAUGCAUAGACGUGUUCUUGUGUCUAUAUGGUAAUAAAUAAAGAUGAUUUUACAUCGA